AUGGCACCUGCAAGUGUUGUUAAGCUGCAGGCUUGGCUAUUCCUGUCCUUUUUUUGCUUGACACUACGUGCUGAUGUGCUGCAGUUUGCUGCAGCCACAAUGCAAGGGUACGUUGGGGACAGGGACAUAAUAUGCCCAUCUGUAUGCAGGUGUGAUGAGGACUUUAUCUACUGUAAUGACCGUGGCCUGAGCUCCAUCCCAUCACUGCCUUCUUCUGCCUCUGUCCUCUACCUUCAGAACAACCAUAUUAACAACCCGGGCCUGCCCACCUCUUUGGAGCACCAUCUUGCUGUCCGUGUGGUCUACCUCUAUGAUAAUGAACUGGAUGAAUUCCCCAUGCACCUACCACCAUCCCUCCGCGAACUACAUUUGCAGGACAAUAACAUCCGCACUAUUCCUCGUAGUGCCCUGGCCCGGAUGCCCUUGCUAGAGAAACUCCACUUGGAUGACAACUCUAUUUCCACGGUCAGCAUUGAGGACCAGGCCUUUGCUGACAACCCUCGGUUGCGCUUGCUCUUCCUUUCACGCAACCAUUUGUCUAGUAUUCCCUCAGGAUUGCCCGCCUCUUUGGAAGAACUCCGUCUGGAUGACAACCGUAUCUCCACUAUCCCAACCCACGCCUUCCGAGGCCUCUCCUCACUUCGAUGUCUUGUCCUAGAUGGGAACCUUUUGGCAAACCAGCGCAUUGCUGAUGACACUUUCUCCCGUCUUUCCAACCUAACCGAGCUGUCCCUGGUCCGGAACUCCCUCCAGACCCCACCUGUCAACUUGCCCAGUGCUCACUUGCAACGUCUGUCUCUGCAGGACAAUGCCUUGACUCAUAUGCCCCGAGGUUCCUUGGAUGGCAUGCGCAGGCUGCAGAGGCUGGACCUGUCUGGAAACAACCUGACCACCCUGCCCCGGGGACUGUUCAGAGACCUGGACAGCCUGGGACAGCUGCUGGUCCGAGGAAAUCCCUGGCACUGUGGCUGCAACCUGCGUUGGCUAUAUGACUGGCUGCAUGCCCGCGGUAACUCUAUAACUGUCAGGGGUCUCAUCUGCCAUGGGCCUGAGAGGGUGCGAGACAUGGCUUUGAAAGACCUGACCACCCAGAUGGAGGAAUGUGAAGUGGUAAGGACAGUAGGGAACAGAGACAGAGUAGCAGAUAGUUCCACCACCCUCUCUCCUCCACAGGGCUCCCUCUUCACCCUCCGCUCUAAGAGGCCUGGCCUGGGACUUCCUGACUCUGGCUUAGACUACACCCUUGGCAGCAGUGGUGUGGGGAAAAGCCUAGCCCUUAAUGUGAAGCCUCUCUCUCACAAUAGCAUCCGUGUUACAUGGAGCGUGGCCCAGCCCAGCUCCUCCUUUAGGCUGAGCUGGCUCCGACUGGGCACCAGUAAUACCAUGGGAUCUAUCACUGAGACACUGGUCAGGGGGGAUCGCCGAGAGUAUCUUCUAACCUCCCUGCAGCCACGCUCCAGCUACAUCAUCUGUAUGGUGCCCCUGACUGCCAGUUCAGGAAGCAAAGGGGGGAUUUCUGGAGACACUGACUCUGACGAGGCUCUGGUUUGUGCUAAAGCAGAAACAUUAGACCUCAGCCCGAUAGAAGGGAACCAGAAGGAGGACGAAGAUUCCCAACAAAUGACCGUGCUGCCCCUGGCAGGGAUCAUUGGUGGGGCAACAGCCAUUGUCUCUUUGGCUCUUAUAUUUGGUAUCUUCUGUUGGUAUGGGCAUAGGACUGGGCAUUUGUCUUCCCGUGACCACUAUACUCGCAGCAGCUCCCGAAAAAGCAAAAACUAUGAUGAUUACAUUGAGUCAGGCACCAAGAAGGACAAUACCAUCUUAGAGAUCCGAGGUCCGGGGUUUCAGAUGACACCCAUGCCAGCUUGCCAGCCAAUGCAGCCUAAACCCCUACGGGAGGAUUACAUCAUUCAUACCAUAUUCCCCUCCAAUGGCACUGGCCUGUACAAAGGUGCCAAUCAUGCUUCUAAUGCGGGAUAUAGCGCCAACCGAGGCUAUAGAGAAGGAGGAAUCCCAGAUAUUGACUACUGUUACACAUGAUGUAUCAGAUUCUAUUCACACUGUUAUUGAUAAACUGUAUAGAUGCACAAUUUCCCUUCGCAUGGGCUCUUCUGAAGCACCCCUUUGUGCCUUCUUCUGGUCUCCCAUUCCAAAUAACCUGCUGUUCACUGCACUGAAAGUCUUUGAUUAACUGACUCUGAAAGCGUCAGGAAACAGUUUGCUGUAGGAAGCAGCAGGAGCCAAUGCCCCAGGUGUUAAAAACACAUCUGACUAUUUCUUCACCACCUUAGUAAUGUUUGUCGUCGUUGAUGAAACCCAGCUUUGAUGAAGACAAUGGAUUGUUUCAUCUACUCAACAAAAAGGGAGAAGGGAAGAAAAUAUCCUGAUGGCUGUCUCCAGGUGCAUUUUUUCUUGAAUGCAGCGGAGAUAAUUCUUCUGUACCCGCGUUAAGACUCCAUCGGUUUACAAUAUGAAAUUUGAAAAUUAGACCAUACCUAAAGACUUGCAGGUCAGUCCCGUCGAGACAGUAGAGACCAAACUCCCUCCCUCUUUUGU